AUGGACAAAGCGUCAGACGUGAGCGCCUAUUUGUCCGGCGUUUACGUCGAUAAGAGUGUCGGCUCUGUUGGCAAUCAGGCGACCGAAGAGGAGAAGGAAUUGUUGGAUAUUUAUCACAACUGUUUCAACGACGACGACAUUGACUGCCAAUUGAUUUGCGCGGUUUUGGAUCACAUCAAUCGCAACAGUAGUCCCGACGGCGCGAUUCUCGUGUUUCUUCCCGGACUCGACGAUAUACUGGCCGUUAAGGACAUUAUUCUCUCCGAUUCCAAGAAAUUUAAUCCCAGAAACUAUGAGAUAUUUAUACUUCACUCCCAAAUGCAAUCUUCCGAUCAAAAGCGUGUAUUCAAUCGAUUGUCGAAUAAUAUCCGCAAAAUAAUUCUGUCGACAAAUAUCGCCGAAACGAGUCUUACCAUCGAUGACGUGGUCUUUGUUAUAGACUUAGGGAAAGUCAAAGAGAAGUCAUUCGACUCAUUGAUGGGUAUUUCAUCGCUUAAAUCCGUUUGGAUAUCUCAGUCAAGUGUGAGACAACGGCGCGGACGUGCGGGUCGUACCCGACCGGGCGUUUGUUAUCAUUUAUUUAGUAAACAUCGGUACCAAAGUCUACAGCGAUUUCAAUUGCCAGAGAUAUUGCGAAUACCGAUCCAUGAGGUGUGUCUACAGUCCAAACUACUGGUGCCCAACAACGAAAUGUCUAUACAUGAGUUCCUGUCCGCUGCCAUCGACCCGCCAUCCAUUGCCAGCUCCAAACUACUGGUGCCCAACAACGAAAUGUCUAUACAUGAGUUCCUGUCCGCUGCCAUCGACCCGCCAUCCAUUGCCAGCGUUCGCGCGUCAGUACAACUGCUUAAGACAAUCGAUGCUUUGGACUCAACUGAACAGUUGACACAACUCGGCGUCCGUUUACUGGAUUUGCCGAUUGAACCCAAUUAUGGAAAAAUGCUUCUCUACUCGAUAUUAUUGAGAUGUGUUGAACCGGUGCUCACAAUAGUGAGCGCAUUCGCAUACCGAGACCCCUUUAUGAUACCGUCUGUUAUGGAGAAACAAAAGUCGUUGAAAGCGAUUAAGAAAAUGUUUUGCGAAAGCAAUUCAUUCAGUGAUCACAUCAUAUAUUUGAAUGCCUUUAAUCGUUGGCUGGAAAUACAGUCGACUAACGAUCGAUACGCCUUUUGCAGACAUAAUCUCAUUUCAAACACUACAAUGACUUUAAUCGAUGGCAUCCGACGCCAGAUAUUGGGACAGUUACAGAGCGCCGGCUUUAUUAGACACGACAGCGACGAUCACAACCGAAACGCUCACAAAUGGGUGGCAAUUAAGGCGGCCUUAUGUGCCGGCGCUUACCCUAAACUCAUACACUUUGACGAGAAUUUGGGCCAAUUCUGGUGUCAAAAGGAUAAGAUUCGGUUUCACGGCUCGUCUCAACUCAACUCCGACCCCAACACCGAUAAAUUUGUGGGAAACCACUCGAAACUGCGAAAAUUAAUGCCAACGAAUUGGUAUAUAUACGAAGAGAUGAUACAAAUGGGCCGCACAUCCUAUGCCAAGACAAUGACCGCCGUUAGCACUGUAACAGUGGCUCUGUUCGCCGGCAAACCGGUGGCCGCUGAUGGCCAACAACCCGUUACGGAUCUCGACUCCCAAUCGCACCUUCAGAUCGAUGAUUGGAUUCGCUUCGACUCCAACGCGCAGACCAUUAAAAUAGCCUCAUAUCUGAAGGAAGAGAUUCACAAUCUAUUUGCCCGACAAAUCGAUUCGUUGUCGCGGGUCACGAGCCAGAGGUCACGUGAUAUCGACAACAGUGUCGUUGACAAUGUCAUACAAGUGCUGGAGAAUGAAGAACUGGUCGCUGGUUUUGGAGUGUUGGACGGCACUGGGCUUAGACCAAGGGUUGGUCCCAUUGGCCCUCAAUUCGCCCAUAAAUAUGAUAGCCGUCCAUACCAUUCAAAUCGUCAGUUUAGAAAUCAAAAGUCGAAAUUCAAAGCCAACCAAAGAUUUUUCUAGAAAUCGAAUUUAUUCAUAAUUUAUUUUAUAUUUUUUUAUAUAAAUAUCGAUACAAAUAGC